AUGUCUAAAUAUGUAGAAGAAGAAAUAGAAGAGUCUGAAGAUGAAGAUAAAGUUGAUGAGGAGUUUGACGAGUUUAAUGAAGAAGAAUUUGGUGUAGAAUUUGCAAAAAAUGUAAUGAAUGAUAAUAAUAAUUGA